AACUCGACAGGGUUAGCUAAAGCAACGUGUCCCAUUUCCGCAUUCAUUUCGUCCGCGGAGUUUCAGGGCCAUGUUGAAGAUGUCUGGCCUCGACGUUUCACGUUGAUUUAAUCAACUUAUCUGAUCCGGCCGCCUAGACGCCACUGAGUUGUACCCUCUGGGAUCCGGCUACGUCCCUGAAAUCGACAGUGUCCAUGACAUAUCAGUUGGCACAAAGAGGGGAUCCGACGAACUCUUUUCUUCCUGCAUAUCCAACGGACCCUAUAUCAUGAACUCAGCCAAUGGCAACGACAGCAAAAAAUUCAAAGGAGACGUCCGCAGUCCCGGUGUCCCAUCACGUGUUGUCCACGUACGCAAGCUGCCCAAUGACAUCAACGAGGCCGAGGUUAUAAGCCUGGGACUGCCCUUUGGGAAGGUCACUAAUCUGCUGAUGUUGAAAGGGAAAAAUCAGGCCUUUCUGGAGCUCAACAGUGAAGAGUGUGCACAGACGAUGGUGAGCUACUACUCGUCAGUCACCCCUGUCAUCAGAAACCACCCCAUUUACAUGCAGUACUCCAAUCACAAGGAGCUCAAGACGGACAACUCUCCAAACCAAGUGCGUGCCCAGGCAGCUCUGCAGGCAGUCAAUGCCCUUCAUGGAGGUGGAAUGGCAAGUAUGGCAAUUCCCACAGAUGCAAGCAGCUUGGCAGGAGCGCCAGCCCAGAGCCCUGUGCUCAGAGUCAUUGUGGAAAACCUUUUCUACCCCGUCACCCUGGAUGUCCUGCAUCAGAUUUUUUCCAAGUUUGGAACUGUGCUGAAGAUCAUCACUUUCACCAAGAACAACCAGUUCCAGGCCUUGAUCCAGUAUGCUGAUGCUAUGACAGCUCAGCAUGCUAAACUGUCUCUAGAUGGCCAGAACAUCUACAAUGCUUGCUGUACCCUGAGAAUCAGCUUCUCCAAGCUCACAAGCCUUAAUGUGAAGUACAACAACGAUAAAAGCAGGGACUACACCCGCCCUGACCUUCCUACAGCAGAUUCCCAACAAUCACUUGACCACCAGACGAUGGCAGCCGCAGCAUUUUCUGCUCCAGGCAUAAUCUCGGCUUCCCCCUUUGGUGGACCGCAUUCCUUCCCCCAUACGUUUGCUAUCCAGCAGGCAGGUCAGUAUGAAAUGUAUCCUGGCCUGUCAGUUCCCGGCAUUCCCGGCGCCUUGGCGUCUCUGGGUAUGGGUCACGGCGGCAUGGCAGCCGCAGCAGCGGCCGCAGCUAGCCGGCUUGGCCUGUCGGGGCUCACUGCCACGGGGGGGCACAACGUGUUGUUGGUCAGCAAUCUGAACCCUGAGACCGUUACGCCACACUGCCUCUUUAUUCUUUUCGGUGUGUACGGUGAUGUCAUGAGAGUGAAGAUCUUGUUCAAUAAAAAGGAGAACGCUCUAGUCCAGAUGUCUGAUGGCACACAGGCUCAGCUAGCCAUGAGCCACCUUAACGGCCAGCGUCUUCAUGGCAGGGCCAUGCGCGUCACCUUGUCCAAGCAUACAACGGUGCAGCUGCCCAGAGAAGGCCAUGAGGACCAGGGCCUCACAAAGGAUUACGGCAACUCGCCGCUUCAUCGCUUCAAGAAGCCCGGCUCUAAAAAUUACUCCAACAUCUUCCCACCAUCUGCCACACUCCACCUCUCCAACAUACCGCCUUCUGUGAUGGAGGAUGAUCUCAAAAGACUGUUUGCAAGCUCAGGAGCCACAGUCAAGGCCUUCAAGUUCUUUCAAAAGGACCGCAAGAUGGCCCUGAUCCAGAUGGGCUCAGUCGAAGAAGCAAUCGAGUGCCUCAUUGAGUUCCACAACCACGAUCUGGGAGAGAACCAUCACCUUCGAGUGUCCUUCUCCAAGUCCACCAUCUGAGUGGGUCUCCUUGACUCCUCCCAGCUGAACGCUACUGUUCUUGAGGUUGCCUUCAAUGGAAAUGGCCUUCAUAACAUAUUUAUACUGUUUGUAAUUUUUCCAUGAGAAUGUUGCCCAUUUAUCACUUUCCCUUUAGAUUUAGCUUGGACUCCAGACUUGAUCCAUACCAUUUUUGAUUGUUGUCCUAAAAACAGUGACUCCAAUAUUUUGGGAUAUUCCAGACAUAAUUGAUGGCUGUUCCAUCUUGGCGUCCCCAAAUUGACUUUUAAUUGGGCUGUUUGGUCUGCAUUCUCAUUUGCAAACAUUAUGAUUUGAAAAACUCAGGUAAAUUGCUCUCAUUUCGGUCUUUAGGGUUAACAUAGUUUAGACACUAAAUUCAGCAGCGAAGCCGAAUUAUAAUUUCAGAAAUGGGCAACAUUCUGUAGCCAAAUCCUGCUGUAUCAGAGGCAAAGUAGAGGCAGCUGAACUACUUGUAUUUUGACCAUAAAGACGCCCCCCAUCGUAAGACGUAUCUAGAUGAAUUGGACCUGUACCCGACCCACUUCAGCAUUCCUUUCACUCUUCUAGUGUGAAAAAGUGUGCCGUUUUUUUUUUUUUUGAAAAAGCCACUUUAAUCCAGCUUGGCCAGUGAGAAACGGUUUAAGAUGAAGAAUUUUUAAGUUUUGACUCUGAGAUCAUCCCCCAUCUUUAGUUUUAUGUUGCAUCUACCUUCCCAUUUCGUUCUGGGGAUCCAGACCACUAUCAGAAGUUCUUCUGUAUGGACCCUUUUCUUUCCUUUUAAUAUGUUCUUGUGCCUUACUUUGCCCCAGCCAGGAUGCCCUGGCUUCAUUUUUGGGUAUGUUUGUUCUCUCGUACCUUUUUGGUAUUUACCAGCAUUGUUAAAGGGGGAAAGUGGCUCAUUUAAUCUUCUUAAAAAAUACAAUUGUUUAUCUUUUGUAUGCAUUUAGUCCCAUUAUAUGUAUCUAGAAUCUAUGACUCGUAAGUCAGUUAGAUGCUAAAUCUUUUUUUUUUUUUUUUUUAGGUGAUGUAACUCUGUUUAGGUGUGUUGCUGAUGUAGAGCUGGAUUCAGCCUUUCAGUUUUACAGCCCUGUUACUUCCAUUUAGUGGGUUCUGGGGCCUCAUUUAACCAGGUUAUGUUCAUAUGUGUGUAAAACUAUAUAUUCAUUUCUCUUUUUCUUUUUUAGGAGUAGCUUUACAUGUAUCUUGCCUAAAUUUAACUGACUUGUGCUUAAAGUAGCUGAGCUUGUUGGCUAGUGGAGUGCCUUGUCCCUGUUGAGUUUUUAUUCCAAUGCUGAAACAAGCCUGGUCAGUGGACUUUGUUUACCUCUGUUUCAGAUCUUGUAUCAUACCUGUCUGCAAAGAUGCCUUUUUCAAAUAAUAUUCAGGUAAUCACACCUGAGAGAGAGGGCAGCUUGGAGGCAUUCGCAAGUUUAUGAAUGACUUUUGUCUUAAGCUGCGUCUGAAAAUCCAAAAAAAAGUAUGUCUUUUGUAAACUCGGCAGACCCGAAGGUUGGGAAGGCCUUGCCUCGUUCCCUGUCUGUGUCCACUUAAGCCACAGUCAGUUUGUGCACUUUUCCUUAAAGUCAAGUCCAAACGGGCGCCACCACACUGAAAGUCUUAAACGAUCUCACAUUCCUGCGUGCCUCACGCACCAGUUUCUCACGAGCCGGACCACUGUAGUUUCGGACCAGCAACAGAUCUCUUCUGUUUCCAUUCGUGUAAGACGUUCUUACGCAUGACUCAACGAAGCUUCAUGUAGCUGCAGACGGUUUCUGCUGUUAAGGACCAAAGUGUGUCUUACCCCCUGCUAUUUUGUAGCGUCUGAACCUUUUUUUUUUUUUCUUUUUUUUACACACAUUCCUGCUGUUCUGCUAAACAACCAGGAUUCCAUUCAGACGCCUUUAAGGUGACGGCUUAUACUGUAUGUUUUCACUUUACAAAGAGCCUAUUUGGGCAGAGGUCGCUUUAGAACGGAUACUUCAUUGAACACAGUCCUAGCUGUGAUAACAGUGUAGAACAUUAUAUGCCUUUUUAGUUUAUGUUGAAAGCUUUUAUUUUUCUUUUUAUAAGGGGGCGGGUUGGGGUAAAAUGUAUGAAAGCGGGGUUCAUGAUUGUAUAUAUUCAUGUUUUUGUACCACAAAAUAAUUUGGAUUAUAUUCACUUUAAGUUCAAAACAUGUAUAUUUUGAUAAUCUGCGAAGACAUAUUAAGCUUCUCUGAGCUGGAAAACAACAAAAAAAAAAAACUUUUGUAACGGACAUUAAACUAUCUGAACACA